AUGUCGUUCUUCAAAAUAUCCCUGCUGGCAACCUUAUGCCUGCCAUUGUUUAUCCAAUAUCGGCUCGCCGCUACGGGAGUCUCUCCUGUUUCCACUCCAUUGCCGGCCCUUCCCGCGUUUCCCACGGCAGAAAUUCGCAACAUUACGGGACAAUUGGAAAUUGUGGGAGAAGGCGAAUUGGUGGGUCCCGAAUCUCUCGUUUCGGCGAGUGGAUUUAUGUUUGUCGCGCUGGGAGACGGACGAAUUGCGCGUCUGUCGCAUGCCAAAGGACAACAGCAGGAAGCCCAAUGGACAUUUCUCGUUCGAACCGGAACUACGGAUGGUGCUAAGUGUGGCUUUUCUCCUUCGGACGAAAGUCAAACGGAAUCCCAGUGUGGACGUCCUUUGGGACUCAAAGUGGUCAAACGAUCCACCGUCGAUCCAUCCAGCGAAUCGAAAGAAGACGUCCUGCUGGUGGCUGACGCCUACAAGGGGUUGCUCAUGAUUACGGGAAUUUACGGCGAUGCCCCAGAAAUUGUCACAUUGGCCACUCGUGCCAAGACGGACGCCCCCAAUUACCAACUUCGACUGUUGAAUGCUCUCGUCCAAGCACCCGAUGGAUCCAUUUACAUGACGGAAACCACGCAAACGUUUGAACGACGACGCAUCUUUUUUGCCGCUUUUGAUGGACGAUCCAAUGGACGAUUGUUGCGGUACUCCAAACACGACGCCACAGUAUCAGUGGUGGCCGAUAAUUUGUACAUGCCCAAUGGAAUCACGCUGAGUCACAAUGGACUCGACUUGCUCAUUGUCUGUGGCGUUCAAAUCAAACAAUUUUCACUCGCCAAGCAGCAAUUCACCGAUUUUGUGUCCGUCCUACCCGGUACCGGUGACAAUAUCGAUGCCAUGAAUCAUUUGCCCACCCAAGGCGAACAAGGGCGCAAGUGCUACUGGGCCGGACUGGGAUCCAAAUUUGCACAACCCUUUUCAUUGCUCAAAUUGGCAUCGGAAAAGCCGUGGCUCAAAGCCAUUGUUGUGGCAGUGGUACCCUACCGGAUACUGGUCAAUUUGAUUCCCAAACUGUCGGCAUUGGCCGUCUACGACGAAACCGGCAAAUUGAUUGCCGUCUACAAGGAUGAUUCCGUGGUCUUUCCGUGGAUAUCCGAAGGAGAACGAUUUGGAGACUAUGUCUAUCUGGGAUCGUGGUACAAUCCGUCGUUGGCACGUUUCCGGGUUGCCGGCAAUGGUGCGACGACGGACUAG